CAGCGCGGUACCACUUCCGGGAAGAAACCGGAGCGACUCCGGACCGGAGCACUACGGGACGUAACAGGACUAGUGCGCGGGCGAGCGAGAGGAGGUGGGGCUGGACAGAACUGUCCUUUAAAAUGACGACGGUGGCGAUUUCCCCAGCCAUGGCACACAAUAACAGCGGAAUGAUACAAGUGGUGAACGAGAGUAACCUAAGCAAGAUCGAGAGCUUCCUCAACGACACGGCUUACAGAGAAGCCAUUGAGAAUUCCUCCAAUUACAAUAGCCGACUGUGCCGGGAACGACGUCUCCGCAUGCCUUUCCUCGACUCGCAAACAGGUGUUGCACAAAAUCACUCUGCACUUUUUAUGUCCUCGAGAGAAAGAUUACCAGGGUUAUUGCACGGCCAGAUUUACACUUAUCCAAGUAAACGAUGGCGAAAGAAACGCCGGCAAUAUUUAAUGCACUAUCUGCAUCCGAAACGAGGACUGAGAGGAGAUACGGAAGAUGGAACGGAGGGUGUAGAAACUAUUACGCAUGUAAAUGAUGAUAGUAAAGAUUCAGUGGCACUUAAAGAUGAACACAGUAAAGACGCUUGGUAUUAUGACGAACAAGAUAUGUUAGAUAUGGAUGCCUAUGAAGAACCCGAUCCUGAUAGCGAUUAUGAUUAUGAGGAAAGUUACAGCAGUAAACGGAAACGCAGAAAAACCCGUGGAGGUGGUCAUCAUCCUGCCCGUAGUCAUCCACCGUCCACAGAUAGUCCAGGUGGCAAACGUACAAAAGGUGGUGGCCGUGGACGCAAAAAGACCAACUACGACUCUGUUGACACUGAUAAACCGUUCGUUUGUGACCUAUGCAGCGCACGGUAUAAGACCAGACCCGGUCUGGUCUACCAUUACGGUCAUUCCCACUCUACUUCCUCCGGUGAUCCUGCUAAGGAACUAAGUCCCAGUCCUGCCGAAGUUGAACCUAGGAGCGUUGCAGACACCGCUGCUUCGAACCAGCCAGGUGGUACACGUCGGGGUCGUCAGAACGCUACCUCCUCGAAUACCUCGAGUCCCUCCCCGGCGGCGCCCACCGCCGCACCCGCUGCGGGAACGGCGUCGCAGCCGCAGCAGUCGCAGCAGCAGUUGCAGUCGGCCGUGCAGACGCCCGUCGCACCGGCGUCACCCACCGUCCCGGCGACCAAGGAAGAUCACCUGCCGGCGGCGUCCUCGCCCGGCGGCGGCACCGCCGUCACGUCGCUGCCGUCCGCGGACACCGCGGGCCCCACGGGCGGCCCGCCCACACCCGGAGGACCGUCCGCGGAGAAGAAGGCCGGUGGCAAGUCGUCGGCGGCGCAGCCGUCCCCGUACUGCGACUUCUGCCUGGGUGACGCGCGCGAGAACAAGAAGACCGGCGGUUCCGAGGAGCUGGUGUCGUGCAGCGACUGCGGCCGCUCAGGGCAUCCAACUUGUUUGCAAUUCACUGCAAACAUGAUCGUUUCUGUUCGCAAGUACAGGUGGCAGUGUAUCGAGUGCAAAUGUUGCUCUAUUUGCGGCACCUCGGACAACGAUGAUCAGUUGCUGUUCUGUGACGACUGUGAUCGUGGAUACCACAUGUAUUGUCUGGCACCACCUCUCGCGUCACCUCCCGAGGGCUCCUGGUCUUGCCGCCUAUGCAUAGCCGAAUUUCAUCACCGUGAUUAAGUCCACUUUCAUAGAUAAGUCACGGAGCUAUCCCAUUUGCCGUGGUAUAGCGGUCAUCUUACUAGGAGAAUUAGGAGAGUAUUCACGGGCUCACCCCACAUAGUAUUACAAACGGCGUUUACAACAGACCGGCAAAUUUGUUUGAGAGAGAGGGAAAGAGAAAAAAACCUGUGAAAGGCAACGCUUCAUCGACUUUACUAUUUAUUACAAUAAAUUUGCAUUGAUCAUCGAUUCUCCCCCCCCCCCCCCUUAAAUUAUGUUAAUGAUAAUGAUGAUAAUAAUAAUAAUUAGGAGAAUACGUUUAUAUAGCAUAACAUUAGAUAUCUCAGGCACUGGUGAUCUCAACGAGAUAAAGAUGUAAGGAAACACGUAUUUAUAAUUUAACUGAGGUAGCUUCUACGAAUAGAUUGUAUAAAGAUAUGUCCCAAUCCAACUGUUAGCCAGAGGUAUGCGAAUAGUUCGAAUCCGAAUUGAAUCACAGUGGAUUCAUUUUUGAAAAGUUCGAAGUCAUAUAAUUUAAGAAUUUCAAAUUAACAGGAUUUUGAAAUUUCUUAAUU